AUGGUUAACGCUCACAAAACCGAUAUCUAUGGCAUCAUGACGAUCGACAACUUGAAGCAACUUUCGGACGAGGGCCUCGCUGAAGUCAAGCGCCUUCAUCAGAAGGAAGGCUUGCUCCUUCGAAUACCCUUUCGCCUCGUUAUCUGCUUCAAGAACAAUAUGCAAGCCAACUUCACUACCAUUCGGGAGAGGGGGACAGACCGGAGUUCUUUAACCAUUAGGUCACGUAAUUACCUCCAGUAUGAGAUUUUAUCGAUACAAUCUGCAACCUACGAACGAUGUCGGAACUUCAUGGACCGAACCCAACUUUACGAGAUGAUGAAGAGGUUGAAGGAAGACCACAACCAGCCCCUGGAAGAUUGCACUGUGGAGUGGUACAUUGCCAAGUACAAGGAAAUCAUCCGCCCCGCCGACAAGCAUCGACGUCUCAUCUGCGACAAGGACGAUACCGAUCACACCCUGAAGGACGGAACGUCGAAGAGACCACGAUUCCUGCGUCAUUUGGCGAGUUCGGAUUUGAAGGCACGGUUUGCAGCACAGGCGGAAUGGAUACUGGCCAACCAGAUAGCGACUGCGUCCAAGGAGACUGAUGUUGUGAACUUGAAGAAAUGGACACAAUUCUGCAAAAAGGUUCAGAAGGCGCGGGAAAGGGCAGCAAGUGAGGGGGUGAGAUGGGGGAUACCAGCAGGCUAUGACUUGGAGGAACUCAGGUUUAGUGCGGACAAUCCUUUCGGUAUGGAGAGGUUUGGUUCGCAUAGAACUUAUUGGAAAAAGAAGCUGCACAACGCAUUGAAAAGAGUGUCUUCUCAAAGAAAGGCAGGGCAGAAAAAGAAGGUGCCUGUUACAUCGACUUCAGAAGCGUCUGAUGUGGAUGUCAUCAUGGGGGACCCUGAGGAGCAAGUAGGGUCGGGAAAACUCAUCUAUGAUGAUGAUUAUUCCGACUCCAACCUGAGCUCAGAGUCGGAAUCAGAGUCGGAAGUUGAACUUGCUGCUUUGAGUGGUGCUGUCCACUCCAAGACUGUGAAUACUCUAUCGACUUGA